UCGGAGUAGCCGUAGCAGUAUGGCGGCGUCCGGCGCUGGAGGAGACCCUCUAAAUCCUAGUAGCGGGAAGGGCCCGGUGGCUCAGCGUAUCGACCCAACCCGGGAGAAACUCACUCCCUCGCAGCUGCACUUCAUGCGGCAGGUGGAACUCGCCCAGUGGCAGAAGACGCUGCCCCAGCGGCGGACCCGGAACAUCGUGACCGGCCUGGGCAUCGGGGCCCUGGUGCUUGCUAUUUAUGGUUACACCUUCUACUCGGUGUCCCAGGAGCGCUUCCUAGAUGAGCUGGAGGACGAGGCCAGAGCUGCCCGAGCCCGAGCCACGGCUCGAGCGUCAGGCCCCUGAUCCGGAUGGCCGUCAUGCGCCUCGGCCUGCCGAGCCCCUUCACAAGCUGGAUGACGCUCCGCGAUCCCGCAGAAAAUGAAGCUGCUCGCGGCAUGGCUGCCCUAACCAACCUCACGCCAUGCCUGAACCCCAGCAGCUGGAGACGUCUGCAGUCCACCAUCGCAAAAGGGACGUUGUCCACCCCACACUCCCCGUGGGCAGUGGCCAGGCCCAUCUUGUAGUUUGUUUUCCUUGUUUGAUGAUUGUAUAACCCUGGUUUUUCCUAAGAGCUGAGGUGUGACUGGUAUGGGGGUGGGAGGUGGCAACUCCUAGCUGUAUUGGAGCCUGAUGUGGGAAUGAUGGGGUCCAGUUGAAUAUAAUAAACUGAGUCACCUCUCCUGUU